UAGAAGAUCGAAGCGCUUUGCUAGUCGCUGGUCGUUUUCGAGAGGAUCUGCCGCAGAUCGUUUGAUGCCGUGCGUUGCUGGGCGCGUUGCGUUGCGAUUGCUGGAGUCCUCGGCGCGAGAGGUUGCCAUCACCUUUGUCCCAUCCCACCUCGCACGCUUGACCGCAGAACCUGAUUAUCGAGCAAAGAACUUCUGAUUGACCACUUGUUCGUAUUGGGCUUUGUUAUCAAUACCGCAAACGCCUUAGACAGCUUUGAUUGAGCAGAACACUGGCGCGCUAAGAGGUGAAUGCUUGGACGGGGUUUGCGGUGGAGGAGCAGCUCCAGUUUGAGUCACGGUGCCUCGAAUGUUCUGCCGCUGUCCACGGCGCAUCGAAUCCCACAACAUCGACCAUUGAGGUUUGCUCUGCCGUUGCUACACUUUCCAGGGCUUUCGACAGUCUCACAUUUGCGCACGAUGGCUUCUCUUGUUGAGAAGAAGCCCGAGUGGUCCGCUGUGCGCGUGCGGGAGACCUUUCUGGAAUAUUUCAAGAAGAGCGGGCACACUUUCGUGCCUUCUUCAUCCGUUGUGCCCCUCUCAGAUCCCACUCUACUCUUUACCAAUGCGGGCAUGAACCAAUAUAAGUCUAUAUUCCUAGGAACGGUCGAUCCCCAGUCAGAUUUUGCUACGCUGAAGCGUGCGGUCAACUCGCAAAAAUGUAUACGUGCUGGUGGCAAACACAACGACCUCGACGACGUUGGCAGGGAUAGUUAUCACCACACCUUCUUCGAGAUGUUGGGCAAUUGGAGCUUCGGCGACUACUUCAAGAAAGAGGCGAUUGAGUUUUCAUGGAAACUGCUCACGGAAACCUAUGCGAUCCCAGCAGACCGCCUAUAUGUGACGUACUUUGAGGGCUCCGAGGGCAUGGAGCCGGACUUGGAGGCCAAGGAGCUCUGGAAGUCUGUAGGAGUGCCUGAGGAUCACAUUCUAGGGGGCAACAUGAAGGACAACUUCUGGGAGAUGGGCGAUCAAGGUCCGUGUGGUCCGUGUAGCGAGAUUCACUACGACCGUAUCGGCGGCCGCAACGCUGCGCAUUUGGUGAACAUGGACGAUCCGAAUGUGCUUGAGAUCUGGAACAACGUCUUCAUUCAGUACAAUCGAGAGAGUGACAAGAGUCUGAAGUCUCUGCCAAACAAGCAUGUCGAUACCGGUAUGGGGUUUGAGCGGUUAGUUUCGGUCUUGCAGGAUAAGAUGUCAAACUACGACACCGACGUCUUUACACCCCUUUUUCAGCGGAUCAAUGAGAUUACAGGUGUGAGGGAGUAUCAGGGGAAGUUUGGCGCAGAGGACCCGGACGACAUUGAUACCACGUACCGUAUCGUUGCCGACCAUGUGCGGUUAUUGACCUUUGCGAUUGCAGACGGUGCUGUACCAAACGCGACUGGAAGGGGCUAUGUAGUGCGACGAGUGCUGCGGCGUGGAGCCCGUUUUGCCAGAAAGAACCUCAACGUUGAGAUUGGCAGCUUCUUCUCGCAGCUCGUGCCGACGGUCAUCGAGCACAUGGGGGCGAUGUUUCCCGAGAUUAAGAAGAAGGAGUCGGACAUCAAAGAGAUUCUCGACGAGGAAGAACUGUCCUUUGCAAAGACACUGGAUCGGGGUGAGGUGCAGUUCGCCAAGUACGCCCGAGAAGCCGAGGCGAAAGGCUCAAAUGUCCUGCCUGGCUGGCAAGUGUGGCGGCUGUAUGAUACGUAUGGAUUUCCGGAAGAUCUUACCGACCUCAUGGCCAAGGAGCGAGGACUAAGCAUCAACGAGGCCGAAGUCAACGAAGCACGAGAGAAGGCACGUGAGGCGAGCAAGGGCACGAAGAAGGCAGCGUCCGAUCUGAUCAAGCUGGACGUCCACGAUCUGGGUGCGUUGGAGCAGAUGCCAGACGUCCCAAAAACGGACGAUAGCGCAAAGUUCGGCAAGAGCAAUAUCACCGCGCAUGUCAAGGCAAUCUACCACAACCGACAGUUCCUCCAGUCUACAUCGGAGGUGCCGGAAGGAGAGCAGCUAGGCCUGCUGCUGGACAAGACGUGUUUCUACGCGGAACAGGGUGGUCAGGAGUACGACACCGGCAGUAUACUGAUCGAUGGCGUGGCCGAGCUUGACGUCGAGAACGCACAAGUCUACGCCGGCUAUGUGUUGCACACUGGCGCCAUGAAGUAUGGCAACCUCUCUGUGGGCGACGAAGUAACAUGCCAAUUCGAAGAGCUCCGCCGCGCUCCAAUCCGCAACAACCACACGGGCACGCACAUCCUCAACUACGCCCUCCGCGAAGUCCUCGGCGACGACAUCAACCAGAAAGGCUCGCUCGUCGCCCCGGAGAAGCUCCGCUUCGACUUCUCCCACAAGGCCGGCAUAUCCGACGCCGACCUCCAGCAAAUCGAAGACAAGUCCACAAAAUACAUCCGCCAAAACGUCCAGGUCUACGCCACCGACGUCCCGCUCGCCACCGCAAAGCAGAUCCAGGGCGUCCGCGCCGUCUUCGGCGAAACAUACCCGGACCCCGUCCGCGUCGUCUCCGUCGGCGUGCCCGUCGAGGACCUCCUCCAGGACGUCGCGAACCCGGAGUGGCGCAACGUCAGCGUCGAGUUCUGCGGCGGCACCCACGUCGACAAGACGGGCGACAUCAAGGAGCUCGUCAUCAAGGAGGAAAUCGGCAUCGCAAAGGGCGUGCGGCGCAUCGUUGCGGUCACGGGCCAGGCCGCGUACGAUGUCCAGCGCCUGGCCGACGAGUUUGCCACUACGCUCACCGCGCUGGAGAAGAUGCCGUUUGGGCCCGACAAGGAACGGCGUGCAAAGGCGACGCAGAAGGAGCUGGACAUGCUCGACAUUUCGGCCGUGCGCAAGUCCGAGUUCAGGACGCGCUUUGCGGCGGUGGGCAAGGCGAUCCUGGACGAGCAAAAGGCUGCUGCCAAGGCGGAGCUCAAGCGCGUCCUGGAUAUUGUUGCCGGGCAUUUCGGUUCUGGUGACACGAAGGAUGGUGCAGAAGAAAAGGAGAAGGAAAAGACCCCCUUCCUAGUCACCAAAAUCCCCUACAGCCCAACCGUCAACAAAACCAUCAGCGAAGCCAUCAAAUCCGUCAGCACCAAGAACAAGGAUAACGCAGUCUAUCUGCUCGCCGCGGAUGAGGCCGAGGGCAAGGUCGUGCAUGGCUGCUAUGUGGGCGCGCAAUACACAUCAAAAGGCGCAACAGCAGCAGAAUGGUCCAAGGCCGUUAGCGCGGUUGUCGGUGGCAAGGCGGGUGGGAAACCCCCGGCUACGGCGAUUGGACAGGGCACGGAGGUGCGCAGGGUGGAUGAGGCGCUGGGUGUGGCGACGGCGUGGCUUGAGGGGUUUGGGCUUUGAUGGGGGGUUGGUUGAGGGGAGGGGGGAGUAAGGGGUAUGGAGAGGGCGAUGGGAGAGGAGAGGGUGUAUGAUAGGUAUGCAUGCAUGCGAGACUGGUGUGGUAUGGUAUGGUAUGGUGUGGUAUGGUAUGGUAGGGUACGCAACAUCAAAAGAUAAAAUGAAAUGCCAUAAAGGAGUCCGAAAUCUCUCCUCCCGUAGCAGCACCAGCAGCAGCAGCAAGAAAGAUGCUCAUGUCGCACGACAAUGGCGUAUUUCCGAUCUGAGUGUAUGGGGAAAUGGUGCGGAGUCUUGCUUGACGGUAGAAGGAAGGAUAUAUGAUUUAAGUCCUGGGGUCUGUCUGAUCUUUGGUAUUAGUUGGGUGGAGAGGGAG